AUGAAGGAAAGGCUGCUUGACGCUGCCGGCAGUACCGGCGCACCCGAUGGUACUUCCAACAGGCUCGAAGAACGCUUCCCGGUCCCUGUGCGCCGAAGAGAAUACAAUAUGACCCACAGCGUCAGAGGAAGCUGCUUCAAGACCGAUCCUACCAUCUAUUCGACUGUUGCUGCACACGGUCAAGUCGUCCUCAAGACCAACGAACUAGGCGAAAGGUUCUAUCCCGAUGUCGUGCUCGUCCCCGGUGCUGGUAUGCAUAGUAUGAAGACGCUUGAAGAGGGAGCAGGCGGCAAUUCCUACAGAGUGGCCUUUGUCAUGCAGCUCAAGUCCUCGCAGGCCGGUUGGAGCAGCUGCUGCACUACAUACUAUACUUGGGUGGGCUGGUUCAGCUGGCGCAUGAUGGCUGUCAGCUUCGAAAAGAUCAGUAUGUACCAGUACUGCUUUCCACAUCGUUUCUCUGGAGCGAUCCGGGACAAGUGCGACGCUUUCGUCAUCUUGAGCCUUGGCAAUCCCUCAAGCGUCACCAAGUGCAAUAUUGCGCUUUCUGAAGAGACUUGCGAGCAGUGCGAUGAGAAUACAGCAUGGUGA